UGAGAGGUUGGUAACAUACAGUUCCAUUGUUUUAUCAGCUGUUUGUCAAAUAUGAGCAAAUAAAAAUGAUUUGUUUUUAAUCGCAUGUUUUCGAUACAAAGAAAUUGUUAAAUGUUCCAUUUUGAUAGCUACGACUGAGUAUUCAAGUAGUGCAGUUCCUGAAACAUUCUGAAAAUAAUGACAAUGAAACCAACCGCGCCUCCUCAUUUAAGCAAAGAGAUGCUAAUAGUCUGGGAAACAUGGAGUCUGAAGGAUGACAGGAAAGUUGUUAGGGAGUCUGCAGCAAAAGGACAUCACAUAGGCUUGGCCCUAACUUAUCUAUCACAAAGAAAAUUAUUAGAUUAUAAUGAAACAAAGGAUUGGUUCAACAAAGAGGUGCUAGAAUGGUCCAUGGAAUUGUUGCAAAAUAAACAGGUGUUUCGGGUUUCACACAUAUUAAAAAACAUUAACCUAGAUCCAAUGCAGGAAAUAAGUAAGAUAUUCCAGGAAACUGUUGAUUCUGACUUACGUGAUUACUUGGGCAAACAUCUUGAGAAUGCUGGAAAACUUGAUGAGACAUUGAAAGAGUCAUGGCAACUUCUGUUAAUUAUAGAAGAAAACUUUAGUACAUUGUUUAAAUUGAAACAGGAAACUGAAACUAUAAAUAUUCUACUUAUCAACAAUAAAAGUUUGGAUUGGAAACAUGAAAUAGUUGCAGAAUUAUUUUUGAAGAAUCAGGAUUUUAAACUCCAACCAUUAUUGAAUAACAAAUUUUUAUGGGAGAAAGCAUUAAAUUCACAUAAUUACCGUUUUAUAUGCAAAUGGAUAGACGUUAUAUUUUCAGAAAAUAUCGAUGAUAGUGAAUUAGGCGCUUGUCUCAAUAAAUUAAAGAUUACUACGGAGUUAAUUGACGAGUUUUUUAUGAACUCAAACAUUAAACAAGAAACCAAAAGUAAAGUAUGCAACAAGUUAGCACAAUACGGAAUGUUUUGCCCCGAAGAACAGUUGGACGCAGUAAAAAUAAUUUCUCGCUUAACAGACAUUCAAAGUUUACACUUGCUGCGUUCGAUUCUUAGUAAUAAAUAUUCCAAUAUGUGUUAUACUCAGUUCCUAAAAAUAUUGUACGACUACUGCGAAAGCAAUGAACUUUACGGUGUACUAGAUAUUUGUACGAAAGACAUGACUAUUUCCUCACGAAACAAACAAAUAGAAUUAAUUGAAACAUCACGAAUAAUAUGUGAAAAUCCAAACGAUAAAGAAGCUCUGAAAGAUAAUCUCAUGUUUAAUAUAAACUACUUGCAGGAAGGCUCAACUAUAGAGUCAUUGAUAGUGCUUUUUGUUUUGAUACUAAGUGAAAAUAAUUUAUCCCUAAACUUGUGGGACGGAAAUACCGGCAUUAAUUUCGAUAAGUUACCUGUAUUAAAAAUCAUCUUAAAUAAGUUUAUGAAUAACAAUGUUUCGAAGCAUAUAACCAUGUACGACUUGGCCAAGCGACAUUUGAUGUUAGAUACGAAAACCUUGUUUCAAUUCCAAUUUGACAAAGAAUAUGAGUUGCCUUACUUUAAUCAGUCGGUAUUAGUGAAUAAGUAUGGUUACAAAAAGUCAGUGGAUUGUAAGUUUUAUCUAUCGCAUUGUAGACCAAGCGUUUGCAAAGAUACAAUGGACUUUCAUAAGCUACGCAAGUUCACUAUUCAAAAUUUUAGUAACAAACAAAUCGUAAGUUCUUGCAUCGCAUAUUUGGAAAUGCGAGGAGAAGAUUCUGAUUUUCUGAGGCACGAAAUUUUUGCGGCGAACAUUUUGCACAGUAAUGGACAUAGUGAAGAUAAGGUAAUUGAACUGUUCCUUUAUGGAAGUAAGUUUGAAAUAAUGGAGAUUUAUGAGAACAUACUUUGCGGAGAGAUUAAUUUAUCCACAAGCAGCGACAUUAUUGAUAUUAUGCAUAAACAGGAUAUCUUAAUUAAAUUUGCUGAACUCAAUAAGCUGAAUAUGCCAGAGGUUUUGUUAAUGCGAAUAGCAAAUAAGAAUCUAUGGCUGCCGUUUUUAAUAAUCAUCCAAAAAUAUAAUUACACACAGGAACACGUGGCCAGAUUAGUUCAGAACUUUACCAGUGUCAAUAUGAUAGAACACUUGAGUCACUGCUUGAUGCACGACAUCCAUUGGGAAAACAAGAGCUCGCUAAUGAAAGAUCGCGAUUCUCGGAAAUAUUACCUCUCCAAGAUCGGAGUCAGGAAAAACAUCGAUAACGAAAUGGUCUCCAGCAUCACGUCGCAAUCCAGUUAUAGUAGUACCUCAAGUAGCACCGGGAUAUCAGAGUUCCUCGAGUCCGAAAACUUUGACGCAAAAUGUGAUUUAUUACAGGUAUUGAUUAAAUGCCACAACAGCAAUGAUCCACCUAAAGCAUUGCUUCAGGCAUGUCAAUAUUAUAAGUACCCGUUAUUUGCAGUACUUGCUACCAGUUAUGAGCCUGAUUCUGUGAUCACCAAUUGGCUAGUUUGGCUUUCAGUAAGUUGUAAUAUGUUUGAUACAAUUAAUUUUGAACAUACUGCACUAAUGGGCAAUUGCGUUUCGACCUUUAUACAAGACAUCUUACGUGAUGGUUUUCAUCGCACUCUCCUGAUGAGUUUCCAUAUUUUUUUACCGAAAAAUCCGUUGAAGAUAUACAUGAGCUUUAUAUGUGACUGUAUCAACUUUAAUUCUGUUCGUACGGAAAAUUUGGAGGAAUAUUUCAAACUGUUAAAAUUGAAACGAAGCAGCAGCGUAUGCGGCCAAAUCGAUCAUGAUAUGAUGUAUUUGCAGUCGAAGGAUUGGAUUGAAAACACGUCGAUAGCAUUGACUGCUGCUACUUUGCAAACCAGCUUUUUGAGCUACUACCGUCGCAUAGAGUUCAUGGAAACAUUGGUUCAACUCAAAUUAGAGAACUACUUCACCAGUUUUGUUCCCAAUUUUCAAAACCUGCUAAAGAUAUUCCGAUGCCUCUGCAAUAGUCAAAUUGUGACUGAUUUUGAUUUUAUUCGCGCAUUUCGUUCGGAGAGUGAUUAUAAAGCAGAGAUAUUCAGGCUUGUCGAUACGCUGUCUUUGCAGAAAUUAUUUGACGAUGCCUUGGAAAUAGCCUUAAUAGAAAAUAUUAUGAGCGACUCGAUAUUGGUUAGGAAGUGGGAGAAUAAUAUAAAGAAUUCGCUUGUGGAAUGCGACGAAGAAUUUGAAAAGUUUAAAAUCUCACCGGAAAGAGCUGUGUCGUUUUUCGAGCAAUAUAAAAGUGAUUAUGAAAUACUUAAGCUGGCAUACAAGUGGGCCUACCGGCAUAAUUUGCAUAAUGUUACUGAUAUAGAGAAAGAUUAUUGGUUGGCUUAUUUGAAUUGCGAGAACUGUGAAAUUUAUUAUAUAAAAAACUAUUCAUUGGCUUUUGAAGAGAUAAGUCCAAUAAUAAAAACUUGCGAAUUGAUACCUCACGAACAAAAUAAAUUGAGCGAAGCUAUAGACAAACUUUUGGAGGCCGGUGAAGUUUAUCAAGCUUUCCAAGUUGGAAAAUUGUUUAAUUACUUUAACAACAAUCUGGAGAUUUUGAAAGUAUGCUUGGAUUUGGCGGAAGGAAUCACAUUGCCAUUCCAGUUAACAGCCAAAGAAAGAUUAUUAAUGAAAAAGGUCGGAUGCACGCGCAGUUAUAGCCACCGAAGACGACCAUAUCUGACAUCUGUAGUAUCUAGCUACAGUUCUCAGUUCUCCAGAAGUCCAGGAAUGAACACAGUCGAAUUCGAGUCGAACAAUCUCGAUUCUGUAUCGCAGUUGAUCGAAAAUUUGAUUGAAAACUUGAAGAGCGGUUUGGAAGUGGGCCAAAAGAUUUUAAUGACAUACAGAAUUAGUGUUAACGUCGAGAAGAGCUAUCGAAAUAUUUUAGAACUCACCAAUCCAAUGAAUUUACUACUGGAAGUUGUUAAUGGCGACUGCGUUAACAAAUUGGAAGUCAUCCAAGAUUUCAGUAUGCUGUACAAAUGGAACAGGCAACAAAUCGCAGAUUUCCUCUGUGAACAGAUUAUACUGACGAGUCAGAGAUACUCGCACAACAACGUUGAAAUGAAUACAUUGUGGGGGAUUAAUUUGGACAAUGAUAUUCAUGUGUUGCUACAACUCCUACCAGACACUUGUACACUACUAGGAAAUAAACUGUACUAUUACGCAAGUGCUUUACUAAAGGUUCAAUGCGAGAAUCCUGAUUUAAACGAGAUAUCUCAUAUUAUUGAAUUAUUGAUCAGAGCUCACGAUUGCUACACAUCCGAUUGUAACAUGGAAGGAAUUUCGAUAAUUCUUAAGAAAUGUCAAACAUUAUUUAAUAUACUUUUAACGAUGAACCAUUGGAAUUUCAUAAUUAGAUUACUAACAGGUAUUGCAAGAUACGCAGAAAUGAAUUACGUUUUCCAUAUAUUACGUGAAAACGGGCAGUUUGAAAAUCUUCUGCGCAAAGGUAAAUCGAAAAGGGAUAACGGUUUGAAAGUUGCAUUACUCGAAUAUCUGAAGAGAUUUUGCCCGGACAACCGCGAUCUGUAUAAUAUGGUGGCCUUGCAUUUUUCGUUGUAUUCAGAAGUCGCACAGCUUUGGGAAGUCGAAAGCGAAAGCAUUCUGAGGAAUCUUAUAGCCAUCUCCAAGUUGGAAAUGCAAAAUAGGAAGACCGACCCGGAUUCUUGUUUGCUGGUCGAAUUGACUAACACCGAAGGGACGAAAAUUUGCUUGACAAAGGCAAUGGAGAAUUACAGUCAUGCAGCAGAAUUUCAUAUGCAAGGAGAAAAACUAGCAAAAGCAAUGAACGCCGCUCGACAGGCUGAACUAAUUGCAUUGCAAUUUUCCUUGCUGAAAAAUAUCGCUAACAAUGGAGUAACCAUCUGUCUUAUCAACCUAAAUACCGAUCAAAUAUCUUCAAUUCUUCUAAAAACUUUAAGUUUUCCUCAAGCUUUAAUAUUGUCUGAGGCAUACAACUAUCAAGUGGAUUGGGCUCAAGUAUUGUUUAAACAAUUUAUUAUGCGAAAUCAGACCAACUACCUGGUAAAUUUUGUAAAUGUCUUCAACAUAACAGAGGAUUUGGCUUUUGAUAUAUCUCGAAAAUUUUUGACCAGCAAUUUGAACGAAGAAACGGCUCUUAAUAAUAUGAAAAUCAUCUUGAAACUAUUACCAUCUGUGCAUGCCAAAUAUCGAAUUGCCAGUGAAUUGGGAUUUAUCGAUCUAGUGGAAGAGUUGUUGAAUGGUAACCGAUUAAUUUACCUUAAAGAUACCGUUUGGAAAAGAGGAUAUAAUGAAUGAAAAUGUGAU